CUUAACAAUUGAGGGGUAGCACUGGACUUGAUUUUGAACAAAGUUCCUGUCUCUGUUUAAGCCCACAAAUUGUCGAAGCAGACAGAGUGAGACUGAAGUUAGAGUUUUCAUACAGUUUUUCUUUCCUCAAACGAAUGAAAGGAUCCUGAGGACAUUGGUUUCACCUGCGGCUGGGAGCGACACCUGCCUCAGAGCUACUCUCAUCCUCCACAUUUGGACCACCCUUCCUGGGUAAGUGUAUGUUCGUGAGUAUUGAAGAGGAGCAUUUACAGCUAUGUGCUCCAGUGGCCAGCCUCUGUGUACAGGAAACAGGCGUUCACCCAGCAGCAGAGAGGGCAGCAGCUCUGGCUCCCAGUAUGCUCUCUGUGCACUGGGGGUGGGCCUGGUGGCACUCGGUGUGGUCAUGAUUGUAUGGAGCAUAGUCCCUUCUGAAAUGACACAGCUUCAAAAUUCUACGAACACGAAUGACGGAAACGGUGAUGAAGGGAAGACAUCGUCUGUUGCAUUUGUGCUGGUUGGAGCUGGAGCUGCCAUGCUGCUGCUUGCUAUGUGUCUCGGGUUGAGGAACAGGAAGCGAACGAGACAGCGGGAAACUACAGGUGCAGGCGGUGCCGAUUAUGUGGAUCGUGCCCGUAGAGAUCCGGAUGAGGAAUCAACUGGUGAACCAGCACCCAGCUAUGAUGUUCCCACCUAUGAGGAGGCGGUGACCAGCGGACAGUAUCCUGUUCGGCAGAGCAACUUGCGACAGAGCUACCAGCUGCCAUCAUACGAAGAUCUGAUUGGUGCUGUCGAAAAUGAAGCCCAGCAGCUUAGAGAAGGUAAUAACCAAGAGGCCCCUCAACCAACUCCUGGCCCUGCACCCCAGCCUGCGGCGGCACCCGCCCGCAGCACCAGCAGGGCCAGUCGCAUCCUCAGACCUCUCCGAGUGCGCAGGAUCAAGUCUGAGAAGCUCCACUUGAAGGAUAUUCGUCUGAAUAUCCAAAACCCUGGACAAAGUGGGGUGGUGACCAUUGAACCAUUGACCCCACCACCACAGUAUGAAGACAAGCCCCCUCAGCUACCCACAGAAGCUGUGUAAUGAGUUCAGUCACUGGAUUUUGUUGAGUGUUUGCAUCUGUGGGUUGUUCGAAAGAUGUUGACUCAUCUGUGCGGAAGCAGAGAGUUUUAGUCAGAGCUAUAAAUGUAUCUGCCAAAUUAUGAAAUAGGAUACAUUCAUGUGCGCUGUCAGUGCCUCUUGGACAAAACACUAAAGCCUACUUGAAUGUUUUUUAACAGAACUUUUUGUAUUUGAAGCAUAGAUUACAGUAGUGUAUUGUAUUCUUAUUUAAAACUGUAUGAGGAAGGAUAUGAAUGCCAUAGCGCAUCUCUUGAGAGAUAUAUAGAGGGAGCAAUUUACUUCACGGUUUACUACAAUGCACGUUGCAAAAAAUAAAAACAAAACAAAAAUUCCUAUAUAAAGAAUAACUUACAACUGAAGAACUCCCAUCAAACUUUGGUUGCCAUGUUGGAAAGGCCGAAUUCUAGUUUUUUCAUUUUCAAAACGCUUUUUUGGAAAAGGAUUUUAAAAUGUUAUUUUAAAUCUGAAUGUUCUAGUUUUUCACCUUAAUUUUUUACUCUAAAUAUAUAAUACACUAAACCAAAUAUUGUGCUGUUGUGGCCAUUAAAUGCAGGGAUGAAAAUUAAAUUAAUAUAUUACAAGAUUUAAUUCCAACUAAUUUACUUAACUAAUUUAUGCAGUACCACUUAAAUUAAUCCAGUUAAUGCAAUUAAUUUUGUUCAAAACUAUAUGUUUGUUAACAUUGUCACUGUCUGUUCUGUUUGUAAAUUGGCAUAUUUUUUUCUAAAUGUAUUGCUCAUUGUAUUUUAAAGGUGCAGCGAUUAAACGUAUUGAAAUAGAAUGGAAUUAAAAGUAUUCUCUAAACUCAUAGGAAUAUUUAAUGUUAUUUUAGAACAAACUCUGCAUUAUUAUGAAAUUCUAAGAAGUGAUAUAAAAAGAA